UUGACAAAGUAGAGAGAGCGAGAAUUGUUGGGACCACGAUGGCUGCUGCACAACUUGCAGCUGUCCCUGUGGUUGAUAUCGACCCCAGUGGCGUAUUUAAAUACGUACUUAUUCGAGUCCGUAGUACUGAGGAGAACAACGACUCAAGUGUAGAUAUAGUCCGAGGUUAUUCUUGGGCAGAAUAUCACGCUGAUAUAUACGACCACGUUACAGCUGAGCUGGAGAAGACAGGGGAGUUGGACUGCGAAUGUUUAGGAGGGGGUCGGAUCAGUCAUGACAGCCAAGCCAGGAAGAUCCACGUUUAUGGUUACUCUGUGGGUUUUGGAAGGGCAGACCACUCGGUUUCUACAGAGAAGCUGAAAUCUAAAUAUACAGACUAUGAAGUUACAUGGUCUAAUGAGGGAUACUGAUUGCGAUGGCACAACUGUCUGAGACAACCACAGAGAACAUCUGAAAUUAAAUGACUUGUCAGUCUUUUCAGAAUGAAAAGCAGGGUUACAUGGUAGCGAGGUCUGGAAAUUGCUGGCAAGUCGAUUCUAAAUUUGACCGUUUCCCCAGUCAGGUUAACAUUUUUCUUACCCAGCUUUAGACAUUAUCCCCCACAGAUUUCAAAAUGUGUUAUUUAUUUGUUUAGUUUGUUAAUAGGGUGCAAUAUAACCACAGCCUAGAUAAAGUAACAUAAGCCAGGAUCAGAUCUGACUUCUGGUAACAUUUUUUUUAUUUGAGUAAUCCUGUAAAGAGUUAAUACCAUCUUGACAUGUUAUCAUUGGAUUUACAUUGUUUACAAAAGUCCAUUAAGGGACAAACUGUUUAAACCAAUAAAAGAAAAUGUACAGUA